AUGUCAGCAGUCGCUCGUGCGUCACGAAAAUGGAUAUGGGUAGGCACUGGCUUAGCCGUUGCCGGUGCUGCUUACUUACUCAAGUUUGGACCGGGUCAAAAAAUGGUACUUGAAACGAAACCGUCAGGCGAUCAAUCGAAAGCAGCAGCAGCACCUGAUGCCUUAGAUCCAAACGCAUUUCGCAAGUUUAAAUUAGCAGAUAUAAAAAAGUAUAAUCAUAAUACAAAUGUAUUUACAUUUGCAUUUGAUGAUCCGAAAGCAAAAUAUAAUGGCAAAACUGCUUCAUGCGUUAUGCUUAAAGCAAAUGUUAAUGGAAAAGAUGAGGUUCGACCUUACACACCUAUUUCACGACCCAAUACAAUUGGUCAAUUAGAAUUUGUUAUUAAAAAUUAUCCCCAAGGUGUCAUGAGUAAACACGUUCAUGAAAUGAAAAAGGGUGACUCAAUUGAAAUCAAAGGACCUAUUCCAAAAUAUCCAUAUGAGCCAAAUAAGUUUCAACAACUUGGUUUGAUUGCUGGUGGUACUGGCAUUACACCAAUGAUUCAAAUGAUCGAGGAAGUUCUCUUUAAUCCGGAUGACAAAACCAAAGUUACACUUCUAUUUGCAAAUACAACCAUCGACGAUAUUCUUCUCAAAGAAGAUAUCGAUAAACUUGCUCAGAAAUAUCCAGAUCGUUUCAAGGUUCACUACACAGUUGAUAAACUUGCAGAUAAGAAUGCUAAAAAAGCAUGGAAAGGCGAAGUUGGCUACAUCACACCUGAUAUGUUGAAACGAUUAUUACCGAUACCAGCUAAGCAAGAUGAUGAGAGUUUAUUGAUUAUGGUUUGUGGUCCACCUGGAUUCAUGAAAUUACUCAGUGGAGAGAAAACCAAAGAUUAUAAACAGGGUGAACUAACCGGUCUUCUUAAAAAGCUUGGCUUUACCGAGAAAAAUGUCUUCAAAUUUUAA